AUGAUCCUUGCCACAAUGAAUAUUACAUUUAUGUUCACUGCAUAUGGGCCUCCUGGCCCAAUAAAUUAUGUAUUUUUUAGUUUUACUUUUUUCAUUUAUAUUGUUUCAGUUUUAGCAAACAUUGCCCUCAUGACUGUAAUAUACCUGGAACCAAGCCUUCAUAAACCAAUGUAUAUUUUUUUGGUCAAUUUGGCAAUCAAUGGACUGAUUGGGAGUUCAGCUAUCUGCCCCAAAAUUUUGCAGAAUCUCUUGGAGGACAUUCAGAGGAUUUCUUACCAGGACUGUUUCCUGCAGGUGUUUUUUAUUAAUAUCUAUGUAACCACUGCAUAUGCUAUUCUAACAGUGAUGGCUUAUGACAGGUAUGUUUCCAUAUGCAAGCCCUUGCAAUAUCAUACCAUUAUGACAUCCUCAAAAAUGAGACAGCUUUUAUUUAUUGUUUACUUCAUUCCAGUCUUUACCAUAUCUGUACAAGUGUAUCUCUCCUCACAAAUCCCAUUGUGUAGGUAUACUAUUCACAGGCUUUUUUGUGACAAUCUCGCGAUCAUGAACCUUUCAUGUGUGCAAAGCAAGCUGAGCAACCUGUAUGGUAUUAGCGUCAUUGCUGGCCUUGUAGUUUUUCCUUUGUUCCUCGUUGUGCUCUCGUAUGUUAAGAUAUUGAUUGUAUGUUUGAAAACAUCAAAAGAAGCUCAAAAGAAAGCUUUGAGUACUUGCACUCCCCACUUAAUCACAUUUCUGAACUUCUCUUUCGUUUCUCUUUUCUCAGUCACUUAUAAUCGCUUUCACAUGUACCUGCCAGGUGAAGUUCAGACAUUUAUGACAAUUCAUUUUAGCUUUAUUCCCCCAUUGCUACAUCCAAUAAUAUAUGGCAUGCGCACUAAGGAGAUCCGGAAAGGUAUUGCAAAACUAAGCAGGAGAAGAGUAUUUACAAUUUCACUUCCUAACACCAAAUUGAGCAUUUCCAAUCCAUUCUAG